ACUCUCUUUUUUUUUUUUUGUCUUAUUACAGUUAUCUUCUUUCCGCUGUUUUUACUAUUUUCAAUGCCUCUACUGAUCUAUGUAAUUCAAAAAUAUAAGCUGAAGUUGAUGGAUGAGUAUGCCCUUGAGGUUAUACGUUCCAUAUGUGGAUCAUUAUCAAACUUAGAUGAGAACCAAUUUGAGCAAAGUCGAGCAGUGGAAGCAAUCUAUCGGGCUAUCGAGAAUGACAUCCCUGAGAUUGUAAUUGAAUUAUUAAAAGGACGUAAUGGUAAGAUAUCAUGGAUUAAUACAGAUCCCGAAGAUUCAAGAAACAUGUUUGCACAUGCUGUAGCACACCGUCAAGAGAAAGUCGCACGCUUUCUUUAUGAUGAAUUUGGCAAAUGCAAGAAUACAAAUAUGGUUACUGCCAUCGAUGAAGAUGGAAACAAUAUAUUACAUGUAGCUUCACAAUUAGCUCCUCAUUCUCAACUAGAUCGCAUCUCUGGUGCAGCUUUACAAUUACAAAGUGAACUACACUGGUUCAAGUCGGUGGAAGGCAUUGUUCCACGGUUCUACAAUAUGAAAAAUAAAGAUGAUGAAACUCCAACCCAAGUAUUUCUAAAAGAACACAAGAAUUUGCUAAAAGAAGCCGAAGGAUGGAUGAAAAAAGUGGCAGAAUCUUGUACAGUUGUAGGUGCUCUUGUUAUUACCAUUAUGUUUGCUGCGGCUUUUGCUGUUCCUGGUGGAAACAAUCAAGAUACAGGCUUCCCCAUUAUUUUGAACAAAAAGAUCACCCAUCCUUCUAAAGACAUAUCGUUUCAAGCAGCGUUCAAAGUAUUUGCAGUUUCAGAUGCAAUUUCUCUUCUCGCUGCAUCCAGUUCAGUGCUAAUAUUUUUGGGGAUUCUCACUUCUCGUUAUGCUUGUCAAGAUUUCUAUAUAUCCUUACCAAACAAGUUGAUUAUUGGCCUUUCUUUGCUCUUCAUCUCUAUUGCGGCAAUGAUGGUGGCAUAUGGCGCUACACUUUUCAUUAUGCUACAUGGUGAAAAGGAGAUUCAUAUUUUAAUCUCACUGACAUUGAUGGCCGGUAUUCCUGUCAUUCUGUUUUUAUUGCUGCAAUCUCCUCUUCUUAUUGAGAUUUAUUGCUCAACUUUUCGCCCAGACAUCUUUAAUAGGAGAAGAUACAGGAAAUACGGAAUGAAUAUAUGCUCAUGUUUCAAUAGGAGAUGGUGGUUCAGAAAGAGGAGAGGAUGGAUGGCAGUGACUUUGUGUGCUCUUGCUUCGCUUUAUUUUAUUAUUUCAUUUUGUGUAGUGUAUCUUAUAGAUUAUACUGUUUUGUAAGUCAUAUAUGUUUUAUUUGAUUAUAUUUUGUAUAAACUUUUUUUCAUAACAACUUUUAUAAAAAUGCACCUUAGUCUUGCGAUCCAACUACUAUAAACUAUUUAGUGGGUU